CACUCUCAUUAUUCCAUGCAUUAGCUUUACUUAUUUCCAUAUAUGCCUUUCUCUUUAUCUUCUUCUCUCCUAUAUAUAUAGAAUCCCAGCAACUAGCAGCAGAUAGAGAGAAAAAAUAUUAGGAAUGGAGUUACAGGAUAAUGUUCCGAGAUGGACACCUAGUCCAAAUAGAUCACCACAUAGACGCCAAGAAUCUGAAACAGAUAAUGAAAGUGUCACUUAUUCUCAAGAUGAUAUUCCUUUUAACAACAACAACCCAACCAAAAAUUUCCCAUUUAGUAAUAGUCCACCACCUCAUAUUGCUACUAUUGAAGCACCAUCUCUUAGGGUUGAUUCUGAGAUAAAGAGGUUCUUAGAAAUGGAAAAAUAUGAAGCACCACCAAUAUUUAGGGAAGAGAUAAAGGGAAAUAGUACUACUACUGGUUUUGCAUAUGAAGUAGUCCCUUUUAAUACAGGUGGUGGUAAUGAAGGUAUAUACUUGACAUGGAAAGAUUUGUGGGUGACAGUGCCGGACAAGAAAACAGGGAGGAGAGCUAUAUUACAAGGGCUGACUGGUUAUGUACAACCUGGUCAAGUCUUGGCCAUUAUGGGUCCUUCUGGUUGUGGCAAAUCUACUCUUCUUGAUACUUUAGCAGGGAGAUUGGAUUCCAACACCAGACAAACUGGAGAAAUCCUCGUCAAUGGUCGGAGGCAAGCUCUUGCUUUUGGCACAUCGGCUUAUGUGACACAAGAUGAUACCCUGAUGACAACACUAACAGUGAGAGAAGCAAUAUAUUAUUCAGCACAACUCCAAUUACCAGAUUCAAUGUCAAGAUCCGAGAAGAAAGAAAGAGCUGAAGCAACAAUCAGAGAAAUGGGUUUACAAGAUGCAAUGAAUACUAGAAUUGGAGGGUGGAGUGUAAAAGGAUUAAGUGGUGGACAAAAAAGAAGAGUUAGUAUUUGCAUUGAAAUACUAACACGUCCAAAGCUUCUUUUCCUUGACGAGCCAACUAGUGGACUUGAUAGUGCAGCAUCUUACCAUGUUAUGAAUCGAAUAGUUCAAUUGGCUAAACAAGAUGGAAGAACUGUUGUUGCUUCUAUUCAUCAACCAAGUAGUGAAGUUUUUGAGCUUUUCCACAAUCUUUGCCUUCUCUCCUCUGGUAGGACUGUCUACUUUGGUUCCAUUUCUGCAGCAAAUGAGUUUUUUGCGUUGAAUGGCUUCCCGUGUACAACUAUGAGGAAUCCUUCUGAUCACUACCUAAGGACAAUCAACAAGGACUUUGAUGCUGUAAGUAUAUUCCCAUCUUCUUCAUUUAAAAUCUAUUUAUUUGCAGAAAAAUAAUUUGUUGAAAUCAACAUGUGCAGUAUAAUGUUGUACAUAAGCAAUGGUAGUUGUACAUAAUUAAUUAGUAUAAGUUUAGUACUAAUAGAUAGUUAUAUGUAUUGUCAGAAGAAGUUAGAGUAGGGGGUAUAUAUGUAAAGGGUUACACAUGUGUAAAGAUAGA